CCUGAAUGACUACAUCUCCCAGAGUGCCUCAGCCUCGUAUUGAUUUGAUAAGCAGCCGGAAGAGAUGUUUAUAGAGGAAAUGUCAUCGUGAGUAGAGUUUUGUACAGGGAGAAAAUUAAAUGGAAUCCUCAGCAGACAAGGAGUCUGAGGCACUCCUUGACAGGAUGACCAACUCUCUGACCAAUGCUAUGAGAGAAUCUGAACAGCAUGAAUGUCCAGACGGCCAAAGCACUGCAGCCCACAGGGGUACUGAGCAGGAGGACGAUGCCUUCUUUGACUGUGAGGAGUCUCUGGAUGGAGCAGACGGCUCCAUGGGUGACCGGCAAAGAAGGACUGACUGUUCAGAAGCCCCAGCAUUAUGCCAGGCAGCAGAGGGAUGUUCACCAAACACAGAGAAAGAACACGUCAAUGCAGAGUUAGGAGAAGAAGCUGAGUUUUCAGGGGAGAGAACUACAUUAUUGGGAGACGAAGAGGGGGAGAGAGGUGAAGAAGAGGAGGAAAAAGAAAGUUGGGAUGAGUGCACUGAAGAAGAAGACAAGAGUGUGGCAGUUGAAGGGGGAGAUUCUGAUACUGAACUGAAGGAAGAAGACAACAGCACUCCUGAGUUUGAUGAGGAGUAUCUGAGAGAAGUGGAGAAAGACAUGACAGAGGAGGAAAAGGAGAGCUGCAGAGAGGAGAGCAUGAGACUAAAGGACAAGGGGAACAGUCAGUUCAAGAGUGGAGAGCACACUGAGGCAGAGGAGUCGUACACCGCAGCUUUAGGAUUAUGCCCCGUGUGUUACAGCAAGGAGAGGGCUAUUCUCUUCUCUAACCGUGCUGCUGCCCGCCUGCACCUGGAUAAGCAUGAGAAAGCCAUCGCUGACUGCACAAAGGCCAUCGAGUUGAACCCAAACUACAUGCGGGCGAUCCUGCGGAGGGCAGAGCUCUAUGAGAAAACAGACAAGCUGGAUGAGGCUUUGGAAGACUACAAGGCUGCUCUGGAGAAAGACCCCGACCUGCCUACAGCCAGAGAGGCCUGCAUGCGGCUUCCACAACAGAUCCACGAGCGAAAUGAGAAGCUGAAGGAAGAGAUGAUGGGCAAACUGAAGGACUUGGGCAAUAUGUUCCUGCGGCCAUUUGGUCUGUCCACAUCAAACUUCCAGGUAAACCAGGAUUCAGGCACUGGAUCCUACUCUGUCAACUUUGUUCAGAAUCUUAAUAACAACAGAUAACAGCACGAGGAGCCUGUCUGAGAGCCGUCGUCACACCUGGCUUGGCCACCCAUCCUCAGAGCUAAGAGACUGACAGUCAGGAGCCUCCACUGGUGUGUCAGAGGUCUGAAUGGGAUCCGGUUGAAAUCCAAAAGACAAGUCUUUCAUGGUUAAAUAAGAUUGUGUGUGUGUGUGUGUGUGAGAGAGAUGGUGCACGGUCUAACAGUCUGAAAGAGCCAUUAAAUGAUCCAGUGACUGUUA